UCGUUUCUGAUUGAGAGAGAGAGAGGGGGGGUCGGAGAAGAGCGGCGUGGGCGUCCGGCGAUUGGUGGGAUUCGAAGAAAUGGGUGAGAAAAGAUUCGCUGUUCUUCUCUGCGCCGACGAUUCGGACUACGUCAAGAAGCUUUACGGCGGGUAUUUCGGGAUAUUCGUGGGAAUGCUGGGGGACGACGGCGAGACCUGGGACAGGUACAAGGUGGCCGCCUACGAGUUCCCCGACGACGAUAAGCUCGACUCCUACGACGGGUUCGUGCUCACGGGCAGCUGCAGCGACGCUCACGGCAAUGAAGUGUGGAUCCUGAAGCUGAUCAAUCUGCUGAACAAGUUGGAUUCCAUGAAGAAGAAGGUUCUGGGCAUUUGCUUUGGCCACCAGAUAUUGAGCCGGGCAUUGGGAGGAAAGACGGGACGUGCAGGGUCGGGAUGGGACAUUGGAGUGAGAAGCGUCAACCUGGCGCCCAGCAAGCUUUUCUCCGCCCUCAAAUUGCCGCCCCGCCUACCCAUCAUCGAAUGCCAUCGAGAUGAGGUGAAGGAAUUGCCUCCCAAGGCAGAGGUGAUGGCGCGGUCUGACAAGACAGGGGUGGAGAUGUUCAGGUAUGGGGAUCACAUGAUGGGGAUUCAGGGCCACCCCGAGUACACCAAGGACGUUUUCCUCAACAUCGUCGACCGUCUCCAUCAGCGCAACCUGGUUGAUGCCUCCCAACUUGAGCUGGCCAAGCUAAACGUGGAGCAACGCGACCCAGACAGCGACGCCUGGAAGCGACUCUGCAAAGCCUUCCUCAAGGGUCGUCUUCUGUUGUAGUAAUAAGUAAAUUCAAUUACCAUUGGCAAUGGCAUUGAUCACCCAUGUAAUUUGUACAUAAUCACAUCAAGAAUUACCCUUUUUAUUAUUA